AUGUAUCCGAUGGAUUCUGAUUAUCAUCGUCGUGGUCUGGUGGCGAGCGAUUCACCAGGCUACUUUGUUCGGCUGGAUAAACCGAGAGCUGUAGACGAUCUUUAUAUAGGCAAGAGAGAAAAGAUGCGUAGGUGGUUGUGUUGUGCUUGCCACAUUGAAGAACCUUACCAUUCUUCUGAAACUGAACACUUGAGCCCCAAACACCAUAAUGAUUAUGGUUAUCAGAAUAAGAAACCACCAGUUGCUUUGAGGCCUGAUGCUUUAAAGGAGAUUCCAUCUAUUGAUGUGCCUGCAUUGUCAUUGGCUGAGCUGAAAGAAAAGACCGAUAAUUUUGGGUCAAAGGUAUUGAUCGGUGAAGGAUCUUACGGAAGAGCCUACUAUGCAACCUUGAAAGAUGGGACGGCUGUGGCGGUGAAGAAGCUUGAUACUUCAGCUGAACCUGAAUCAAAUGUUGAGUUCUUGACUCAGGUCUCGAGGGUUUCGAAGUUGAAGCAUGAUAAUUUUGUUCAGCUGUUCGGUUAUUGUGUGGAAGGGAAUUUCCGUAUUCUUGCGUAUGAGUUUGCCACGAUGGGAUCUUUACAUGACAUUUUACACGGGAGAAAAGGAGUCCAAGGAGCACAACCAGGUCCAACGCUUGAUUGGAUCCAACGUGUCAGAAUCGCAGUUGAUGCAGCUCGUGGACUUGAAUAUUUACACGAGAAAAUUCAACCUGCGGUGAUACACAGGGAUAUUCGAUCUAGCAAUGUGCUUCUCUUCGACGACUUUAAAGCCAAGAUCGCUGAUUUUAAUCUAUCGAAUCAAUCUCCUGAUAUGGCUGCUCGUCUUCAUUCCACCAGAGUUUUGGGAACCUUCGGUUACCACGCACCAGAGUAUGCGAUGACUGGUCAACUGACACAGAAGAGUGAUGUUUAUAGUUUUGGUGUAGUGCUUUUGGAGCUCUUGACUGGUAGAAAACCCGUUGAUCACACGAUGCCUCGUGGUCAACAAAGUCUUGUCACUUGGGCCACUCCAAGGCUGAGUGAAGACAAAGUGAAGCAAUGUGUUGAUCCAAAACUCAAAGGAGAAUAUCCUCCUAAAGCUGUUGCAAAGCUCGCGGCUGUUGCAGCGUUGUGUGUGCAAUACGAAUCAGAGUUUAGGCCGAACAUGAGCAUUGUGGUAAAAGCUCUUCAACCAUUAUUGAGGUCAUCACCAGCAGCAGCUGUUCCUUCCCAGGAAACUUGA